UUGUAAAGUUUAACUUCGUCUUAACAGCUAUUAGUCUGAAAGAUUGAACCGACUAUUAUUCUCAAUUAACGAGUACUAUCUCAAAUUAGUUAAUUUUGGAACUAAUUUAGAAAAAAUACAUAAUUAUAUAAUUAUUCAUCAUUGUGGGAGUUUACUUUUUAUAACCAAAAGAAGAGAGGCCAAGUAGUGCCAACUUGAAUCGUCGACGGCGACGCAGGAAGAGGUGAGGCUAACGGAAGAGGUGAGGCCGCUAGGAAUCGUCGACGGCGACGCAUAUUCCGGAUUCUCCAUAUCCGAUUCAGAGAUUAUCCUGGACUGGGGUUCUAUCUGCUCAGAGUGCCAUGAAUGAUCAGAAGGUUAAAGGAGAAGAAUUUUUUCAAAAAGCCGAGAAGAGGCUCAGUGGUUGGUCUCUUUUAAGCAACAAAUACGAGGAUGCAGCUGAUUUAUUCGAUAAAGCCGCCAAUUCCUUCAAGCUCGCUAAGUCAUGGGCUAAAGCCGGGGAUGCAUAUGCCAAAAUUGCUGAAUGUCAUUUGAAGCUGGACAGUAAGCAUGAGGCUGCUAAUGCAUAUACUGAGGCUGGUCACAACUACAAGAAAAUAGAUACUGUAGUGGCUGUACAUUAUCUAAAAGCAGCAGUAGAGCUAUUUAAGGAAAUUGGGAGGUUGAGCAUGUGUGCAAGAUAUUGUAAGGAAAUUGCUGAAAUAUAUGAGCAAAAACAAGACCUUAAGAUGGCCAACGAGCAAUAUGCAUUAGCAGUUGAUUAUUUUGAAAUGGAAGGCGUUACAACAACUGCAAAUCAAUGCAAAACUAAAAUUGCUGAAUUUUCUGCUCAGAUGGAAGAAUAUCCAAGGGCUAUUGAAAUAUAUGAGGGGAUAGCACGCCAUUCUGUUAAUAACAACUUGUUGAAAUAUGGAGUUAGAGGGCAUCUUCUUAAUGCUGGUAUUUGCCAGCUAUGUUUAGGUGAUAUUGUUGCAAUUAACAAUGCUUUAGAGAAAUACCAGGAGCUGGAUCCAACGUUCUCAGGGACGCGAGAGUACAAGCUACUAGUGGAUUUGGCUGCGGCAUUGGACGAGGAAGAUGUUGCGAAGUUCACUGAUGCUGUCAAGGAAUAUGAUAGCAUGACCAAACUGGAUGCGUUGAGGACCACACUGCUUCUUAGGGUGAAGGAAUCCAUCAAAGCUAAAGAACUUGAGGAAGAUGAUCUUACUUGAACUUAGGCCAGUUCUACCUAGCUUUUCACCUCAAUAACUGGCUGGCUGCUGGAAGCAGUUCAAAAUUUGUGGGGUUGUGGUGGCCUUUUUCAUCCUGCUUUAUGGUUUAAUUUCAUUUGGCUUUCCUGGGUGUCAAUGGGUAUUACGUGUGUUGAUCCUUGAAGCUACUAUGUUUGGCGUGUGCUGUUACCCUCUCUAUCCUUGAACUCUCUUUCUUUUCCCAAUUCCACACAGUUUCCUUUUAUGGGAACCUAUAUGUUCAUUAUUUCUCUAUAUAUGUUCUGAGUAAUAACGCCCCCGACUCUGUUGCCCAGGGCGUAACAUUUGUGAAUGAACUACUUUAUAGUUUUGCAAAACAUACAUAUUUGACAAUACAUGUGGUAUUUGAACUACAUAUCGCUCCUUCGUGUUGGGUUAUUUAAAUUAAUUUCUUUUAAAAUUUACUCUUUUUGAUCAGAUAUAUUCUAUCUGUCCAUAAAUUAUCUUUCCGUUC